UUCAUAGCCUCGGUGUCGUCACUGAAGAAACCUGCUGUUCAGUUCGCCAGGACAUUUUAUUGUGAUAAUAUCCGUGUAAUCAAUGUAUAGAUGAUUUAGUUUUCUCUUUUUCUUUGUACAUAUAAAACCAUAACGAGUGAUAACAUUUCCUAGUGUGACGGACUAGAGUGUCAAUUUGUGCAUUGCAACCCACAUGAAAAUCGCCCGAUUAUCCAUCCCAUCGGACCGUUUUUUUCUUCUUUGUCAAGUGAAAAUCCGUAAAAUAGAUUUCCCAGACCCCAGCAGACUUUCCGUCUCGGUUUCUCUUAACGGCGAGGAAGAACGGAGAGAAUAACAAGAAGAAGGUAGAACAAAGAUGUGUUUUUUCAUGGCUGGCAAGUGCUGUGAAGUCAAAUGUGGGUGACUUUUUCCUCCGGAGGUGCUGGUGAACAUUAUCCUUUAACCGUAGAAAAGUCCUCGGGUUUUGUCGAUACGAGCAUCGAGUCAAUAGUUGGAACAAUCUGUGCACGUAGGACGAAUAAUGGACGCAAGGAAAAGUCAUUCUGCACUAUUUCCGCACUACCAGCAGCAGUAGGGGCAGCACCAGGCAAGACAGUUGUGUGGGAAAUCAAUGCGAUGCAUUGGAUUUGAAAGUGCUUUGGUUAGAGUUUAUCGGUGUUGUUUCAUGUUAAAGCGCCAUUUUGACGUUUUAAAAAUGCAUGCAUAAAUUCUGCUCCCGAGCAGCCAGUGCGACAUGGGUUCUGAACCUAUAAUCAUCACGAACGAGCCAUGGUGAAAAUGUGAAACGAUGCACAAAUGGAAUAACCAGCCUGGAAAAGCAGGAAAGCAAAUUCAAGGAGUCACACACAAGGGCUUCGAUUUUCUCUCUGCUAUAGUAGCAGCAGCAGCAGCAGCAGUAGCAAACGUUGCGUGCCGUCGUGGUGAAACCAGUUGAAGGAAAAAAGGAGGCCGCCUCACAAGUGUAAAAGUAUUAAGCCUUCGUGUGACUGGAUAUAACAGGAAAAGCAACGUCGCGACACUGUCUGUAUGGUGUUUGGGAGGAAAAUGAACGAAGUGCGGAAGAAAAUGGUGCAACGUUGAUUGGUUCACCGUGUUUAGUGAGAUAAUUGACCGCCAGUAAAACAAAUAUUGAUGAAUCAAUUACAAACGGUGAAGAUCGAAGAAACAAAUACUGGUUAAAUUCGAAUAUUUCGCUGCGGAAUACAGUGCGCACAGUUCUAUAAAUUGUUCGUCGAAUAUCAUUUCUAUUCAUUUUGAUCAAUAAGUAUUGUUGUGUUCUGCCGUGUGUGUCAGAUGGUGGGGAAAUAAAUGAAAUUAUUUAUAAUUCAAAAUCAGUGAAAGACAUGCAAUAGUUAUGUAAAGAGGAAAAAUAGUUUGAGCACCGACGAACCAACCAUCCAACUACUCGACACUGCUGAUGGAGAAGCGAGAGAAUGAGAGUGACUACAAUGCCAUAUGAAUGUAAAAUGUUGUACAUAGAUGUGGUGCCAACAAACCUAGUGUGGUAGCUAGUGGCAAUUUACUGCAAAAAAGUGAAGAAAUAUAAACAGUCUGAUGAAGAAGGAAUAAUAUUUCUGCCAGUCGGACUGAACUUGUCGUUAAUAUUGCAUUUUUGCUUCACCAAUACGAACGCAGAUCUUCGACGCAGGACUUCUGCCGCCGGAUCAGUAGAUACACGCAAUAGCAUCGCGUAUAGGAUAUCGUACCACCAUCCUUCGAACCUGCUUGAUGAUUGCCGUUACUGAGUAUCUGAUAAUCGGAGGAAAGUCCCGUCUUUGGCUUUUUGUCUGAGUCAGAUGUCUAUCAAAACCGUCUGUAUGAAGUUCCUCAAGCAAUGGUUGAACUACUAGGAGUGGGGAGCCCAUGGCGCCCCCAUGUGAUUAAACAAUCAAACUGAUUAAUGUUUCAUGGUUUUAUUCCCUUGAAUACAUACCCUCCAUACACAUUCGAAUACGUUGCUUUCAAAAACAUCGGGUCAAAUCCGUAGAAACUAAAACGGAAAUAUCAUAUCAAUACCCAUAAGGAGCGAAAGGUCUUGCUGCAAUGCGAAGGUGUGCGUGUGGUACUCCGUUGUUCUACAUUCAUUUCAAAUGUCAACUCGCUACGGAUACGCUGCGGAAUUAUUGAAUAGCUCCAGAAAAAUAUCAUCGUCAUUGUGAAAAACACACAACGGUAGUAAAAAGUGGCGAGAAGGGAAAGCCGCCUCUGGUCAACCGACCUCCAUUCGAUUCAGAACUUUCCAUUGAGACUGCUCACUGCAUUCCUCGCGAGGAGGAACCUUGCCGCCGCAGCUCCAUUCGAACACAUCCAGAUUAGUGAACAUCAUCGACUAAUCUCCGCGAGGAUAUGGAUGAGGAAAUCGUACCACGUACAUUUCGCGAGAAAGCAUUAUUUUACACGACUGCCUUUUUUAUCUUGCUCGCAACCUUUAGCCUUUUCGCGUUUUUGUUCUUGGUGCCGUUUGUGAUCGAACCUGCUUUCACUACGAUUUUCAUGCAAUUCGAUGAGUCACCUGCGUUUUGUGUCACCGUCGAUAACGAGCAUCUGUAUGGCGCGAAAAAUUGCAGCUGGGCCUCGUGCCGAGAAGGCUGCACCAAGGACAUCUACGAAUGUCAGCAAAUUCGCGUUAAUUACAAAACUAGCGCACAGCUAGCAGCAGAAGCGGCUGCUGCAGAGGAGGCCACCAUCGAUGGUACAUCCACGACGUCCACGGUUGCUUCCAAAGCAGCCACAGCAACAGCUACAAAAAACACUGGUGAUAGUAGUGUUAGUAUUGAUAAUAGCAAGAGUAGUCUAAAAAAUAACUUGGAUAGCUUAAGUGGCAAUAGUCAAACAAAUAAACCAAUUUCUAUCGCCGAUAGAGCUUCGUCCUCCAGUCUAUACGGUAGAAGCAGGUUCGAAUCUGCCCUGAACCGUUUCGAGCGGGCAGUUCGCGCAGACUAUGAGUACAGCGAUAUGCUGGUGGAUGACAGAGUCAACGGUUUCGGUGACCAUAAGAAUGGUCUCGUUAGUUCCAUCAUUGGCGAAGACAACACCUUGAUGGAGUAUCCAGAUGAUAUGACUGAGAUGAACGGCAACGAAUCCGAGUGGUUCUUCACCGGCGCACGUUUAUUUCCCAAUGUGAAAGGUUGCGGGUAUCCUCCAAUUCUGAAUUGCACGAUAUGGACCAAAAAGUAUUGGAAAAUUGGAACCAACUUCACCUGUUUCUAUUCACGAGUGGAUCCCGGUUUGGUAAUCAGCGAUCUAGAUAUGUGGCAGAACACCCUGAACUUGGUGUACGCCAUGGCAAUUCCCAUUCCAUCGUUCAUCAUCUCCGUGAUAUAUUUGGCAUUUGCUUAUUUUGUGAUUUUCAACGAAGAUGAGGAAGCCGCUCUACUAGAUAAGAACGGCGAGGAAGAGGAGGGUAUAGAGGACGAAAUGGACGAAACCGACGAAGGAAACGAUAACAAAAUUAACGAGAGCGAGGCGGAGAUCACGGCUAAUCACAUCAACGAAAACAACGCGGCAGACGACGGUCAUCUGGUCAACACAACUACGACCACCCCGAUUCAGCAACUACCGAACGGAACGGCCAACUCGAUUAACAAUGUGAACAACACAAACACUAACACGACCGCCACUACCAAUACGAAUGGUUCCUCGAAACCAAUCACUCCGAACUCCACAUCCGAUUUGAACUCCUUCGGCCAUCAACUGAAAGUGAAAAUGGCUGAUGAAAUGUCGAGGGAAAGCAUCGAUGGAGGAUUACUUUCGAACUCGGCGUCUAUUCAAGGAAACUUGAGCAAGACGAUGACGACCAGUAUCUCAACUCCUCCUGGUCCGAUAGCUGCAGUUUGAAACGCCAAGUGCACGGGUUAGACGACGUUAAGUUUAAAUUUACUAAGUAAGGGAAAGCUUUUCUUAUGAGUAUCAAAAGACAGCAAAUACAAAAAAAGCAAACGAGAUAUUUUCAGUGUCCAGCAUGCGCAAUAAACCUUGUAAAUGAAAGGGAAAAAGCUGCAAACUGCAAACAUAUUUUUAACGAUCGAAUGGAACGUAAGCUCAUUUUAAGAGGAUAUUCUUAUCUAAUACUCAAGCAGCAACAAAGAAUAUGCACAAAAGGGUACAGACCAGUAGAACCUACAUUAAAAACAGAAACAUUCCGAUUGUUUUAGUUGGUACAUUGCCAAGACGAGGUGUGUUUCAAUAUUCAGAGGAUCAAAAGGAAAGAUAUUGGAAUAAAUAGGUCAGGUUGAGUUUUCAAAAGAAACCCAUAUAAAUCACACCCAUUGCAUAAAUAUGAAGGAAUCAAUUUAUCAGUGAAAGAAAAUCAACAUGUGUAUUUCUGGAAUCAUUCACGAAUUGGACUAAAACAGUUUACAGGAUGCCAUAUUUGCAGUAUACUCAUUUUUUGAGCAGAAAUAGUUUUGUAAUAAACAUUUCACAUAUAUUUGAAAAUAAAAACAGAAAUCUCACACACAAAAUAUUCAGAUGUAAUAGUAAUAUGGUGUUCCGACUAUUGUAACAAACAGCAUAAAACCAAAAACGUCUUGUAGAAGACUGGCUCUACUUCUAAAUAUUUUAAAAGUUGCAAGGAAAUCGAUACAGUGUUGCAGAUUUAUUUUCCCAGUUAUAAUUGUAAAGUGGUAUGAGCCAGUCCCUUGCAAAUGACAUCUCACUUAAAUGGCAAUAAAUAGAAACCCACCAAAUACAUCUCUGUCCAUGGAGCAAUGUUCAUGUAUUUUGUCAAACAAGAGCUCAAAAUUUAAAUCUAUUUAUAAUCUGUCUAAUUCGAAUGAAUCCAGAAAUAGGCAUGCUAGAAAUAAGCAUCGAUUUGUCCUAACAGCGGUUUUCGUUGCCUCAGUUCGAUAUUUUAUCGUUUGGAAAAGCGGAAUGCAUAAAUUAUUAGAAGUGUCUUCGAAGAAUGACGCUUUCAUUGAUAGACUUUGAUAGUUCUAUGGACUAGGGUAGCUUAAUCGAAAUGUUCGAAUACAUUUUACAAUUUUACAAUUAAUCGUCAUGGUACAGAAAUUUAGACUAAUUCAUCGAGAACUAUUUUACACAAAAUCAAGCAAUGCUUUUCAAAGUUAUUUCGCAAUUCACGAGAUUUUGGAGACCUCUCAUCAAUGUUUUGCUGUAAUUAAGCGCAACUACAGAAUGGUAAAUUAAAGAGUGCAAACUUUUAAACAUAAACUAUGUUGUGCUACAAUACUGUCAGAUUGCCAAAUAUCUAUCGACCACACGUUAAGCAUACUUGAAAAAAAAAUUUUUUUUGAACAAUUUUGAGUACAUGUAGUCGAAAAUCUCAUAACUAGAGAUGACUGUAAACUGUAAAAUGCGAGAUUAAUUUUCAAGGAAAUUGUUACGUUUGUUUAACAGUGAUGAGGUCAAUGGAACUUUUUUACAACAUCAUCCGUUUGUCUACCACAGACAAACAAAAGUAACACUCUACUAAAGAACUUGGAACAUGUAUCGUACGUAUCGAACGUAUUUGAAUUCCAUUUGCUAGAGGCGAUCGUUCCAUCGUUCGAACACCUUGACAUAUAAUAAUGUACAGGGGAUACUCAAAAUAACUGGGGCAGGUAAAAUUUUCACUUUUCAAAAAAUGCUCAACUUGCUGUAACUUUUCGAAAAGAGCAUCAAAUAUUCUAGAAAAAGGUAUAAUUAUCCGAUAGCCAACUUUGAGCUGUUAUAUCUCAAUGAAUCGAAUGCAAUGAAAUUUUGAUGAAUCAAUGAAUCGAAUGCAAUGAAAUUUUGAUAACAUAAUAGGGGGAUUCACUUAACAGCGUAAGCUGAUUAAACUGAUUAAACGUUGCGAUCAUCAAGGCAAUCUUUGAUUAUUUCAUUCGCAAAAUCAUGAAACAUUUCAAAUAAGCAGACAAUCAUGGCUUACGCAGCAAUUUAAUCUGUUUGGUGAGUACCCCUAAUGUAGAAUGGCUCAAUCUUUUUCAAAUUUUGAUCACUGAUACACAACUAGUUGAUAAUCUUACAGCAAAAAUUUGAGAAUAUUUGAUGCCCUUUUCGAAAAGUUACAGCGAGUUGAACAUUUUUUGAAAAGUGAAAAUUUUACCUAUCCCAGUUAUUUUGAGUAUCCCCUGUAGGUACAUGUUGCUGAUACCACUAUCGAACGUCUAUUCUCACUCGAAAGUCAUGCAAGUGCAAGAUGCAAGUUCGCUGAUUAAAGCGCUGUGUUGUAACAAUACUGUCGUCAUUAAAAAAAUACACAAUUUCGAAAUUAAAUUUUGGAAGUAAUGAACAUCUUAAUAAAUGUUCUAGGCAGAGUAUUUAUUUGAGUUUGAGACGUCUUCAAUUCUCAUGAUAUUUUACCUUUUUUUGCCAUUAGGAAAGUACCAAUUAUCAAGGGCUUACGCUAAAUUUUCCUAUUAUGAGAUUUUAAACAAAAAAAAUACAAGCUGUUGCUUACUUUAAAUCUCUAUGAAACAUGACACGUAAGUGAGCGAUUAUGCCUGAACGCUACCGUUACAAUUUUCAAUGUGUGCAAAUAAUUUCUUUUCUACAUUCAUAAAAUCAUGGAAGUAUUAAAAAACGCAUAAUGAACAUAAUAAAUCAGAUCUAUAAAUAGAGCUAGGCGAUACAAAACUAAAAUCUAAUAGCUUGGCUGAGUAUAUAGAAUCAUAAAAGCCAGUGAAAACAGACUACAAAAAAGCUGCAAAUAUCUUAAAAAUGACUUAAGAACGCGAUGAUUUUAAAAUAGAGAGAACAAAAUCAUACAAUCAGCAUUGCGAGGCGAAACUUAGUUUUAUUCUAAAAUCACAAGCAAAUAAAAACUUUAAAUAAAUAAAAAGCAUUCAAAACUACGGGAAAGCAAACGGAUCAGAUACACUGAUGGUAAUUGGGCUGGGAUAUUUCGUUCGUUGUUUCACUGCAAUAAUAAAAAAAAUACUUUGCUAGCAAAAUGUUAUGUACAUAAUGAUGGUGCAAACGUUUAAAACAAACGGCUACUGGGAAAUGAAACUGCUACUGCAAAUUACUUUCCACCAAUUUUAAAACCCUCAGACUAAAAAUCAUCGGAGCUACCCCACACUUCGAAAAAAAAAAAAUACACAUACACAAUUCAGAGCCACCACAACUUGUUACUGCAUGAACUCAAGACAGAGAAGCAAAUACACUACAAAGAACAUAUGAUGGAACAUUGAAAAGAUUCUCAGAAUUGUAUAUUUUCAAAUAUGUAUUGCCUUGUCAUUGCUACUAAUUUAAGGUUUAUCAAAGACAAAAAUAUAGAUGAAAUGAUAAAAAUCUAUUACCAUUAAUUAAUAAAAUGUGAAAGCUUUAA